AAAAGCUGGAGAAUGGCCCCCCUACCAAAGGCAGAAUUAGUUCAGAACUCUCUGCAGUUGUAUCGUUACCUGCUUCGAUGCUGCAAGCAGCUUCCUGAAGAGAACAUUCGUCAGCAUUACAGACAUGCAAUCAGGCAGAGUUUCAAAGUUCAUGCUGAUGAAGAUGAUCCUGAGCGAAUCCAGCAGAUUAUUAAAAGAGCCAUUGAAGAUGCUGACUGGGUGAUGAAUAAAUAUAGAAAACAGAAGUAGAAGAGGAAUGAUGAAGACAAGAAUCUCAUUGGUAAACAUCCUUAGAGGACUUGCAGUCAA